CUGGGUGGCGCUGAUUAUUAUUAGAGGGUUUUGUUUUCACAUUUCUUUUCCACUAGGAAAUUCAUGAGCGUCACCAACAUCAGAACGAAGUAAACAGAGCUGACAAAGAAAAGGAAGAAAAGAAAGAAAAGAAAUAAGAAGGGAAUUGUCGUGUGAAUCUGAGCUGCAGUCAUGGUGUGCAUCCCCUGCAUCGUCAUCCCUGUCCUCCUCUGGGUUUACAAACGCUUUCUGGAGCCCAUCGUCUAUCCGUUCAUUGCUCCAUUCAUCAGCAAGUUCUGGACCAAAACAGCGGUGCAGGAGACGGGAACAAACAACACAAAGGCCAACCAAACGAACCAACCAAGCAAGACCGAAUGCAAUGGAAAUGCAAACGUGUGUACAGCCAACGGGACAACAGCCGUCUCGGAUAAAAAGAAGGACUGACACCAUACGCACCUGUGGGAACUUGUCAUGUUUUAUGCAGCAUAGCAUAGAUCACUGAACGUAAAUCAUGUGGCUACAACAACAUUAUGUUAAGCAAGAUUAAUUCAGUCUCACUUAGAAUUUCCUUACAUGGAAUAAUUGUAAUAUAAUUUAAUUUAAUAUAUUGACUUACAUUGCUUACUCUUCAUUCCCUGAAGACUUCAGACCAGAUUCAGAUGACUAUUUGAUAUGUUUCCAGAAUGGUUUUGGAGUUAGUUUGUAAAGAGAAAUAAAUAUUUACAUAUCACA